AUGGCUCUAAAACUCAACUUGCUCCUAAACAUUUUAUUAGUCUAUCUUACAAUCCAAAAAUCAUAUGGGACCAAAUGUCCAGAUAUCAACUGUCCCCCGACCAAAUAUCCAACGACCAAAUGUCCUAUACAAUUAAAUUAUAAAAUUGCCGGUGCCGAUCCCCCCUCUCAUUGUGAGCUUCCAUCAGACCCAAACAAACUGUCUCCAUCAAGUCUUGAAAGCUGGUUUACUCGAGAAAUGUUCGACGACCUCUUUCCAUUUUCAAAUCUUGGCUGGGGAUCCCACCCCUGUUCGCCAUACUCUUUCGAGGCUUUUAUAAUAGCUGCUCGUUAUUUCCCGCGGUUUGGGGAGGAAGUAGACUUGAAGAAUGGUUUCACACCGAGGGAGAAUGGUCGAAGAGAUGUUGCGAGCUUUUUGGCACAUGCGAUCCAGGAGACUGGACUGAAUGAUGUUUCAGUCUACCAAACGAGGUGAGAAGUGGAGCGACAUUUGCGAACAGACAUUUGCGAAGCGACAUUGAGAAUGCCCACCAGGCUUUCUGUUUUGACUACUACUUCAGUCGGACCUCUUUUUUACAUACACCCAUGAGGCUUAAAAGCUCGUACCUUAUA